CAACAAUAUUUUUUCAGGAGCAAAGAUUACUCAAAGAUGUGCAGUUCCAAACAAAAAGAUCCAGGAGAGCAAAUGGUAGAAGCUAUCGAAAACUGGUGCAACAAUUUGCCAAUAAAAGAAGAAAAUAAUGAAUCUACGAAAGCUAAGAAGGAACAAAUUGCUAUAAAUAUAUAUCAAAUAUUAGCAUCCCUUAAUGAUGACUCUCGACUUGCUAAUGAUAAUCAAAAGCUUAAAAAUAUGUUGAGUAACGAAAUUGAAGAACAGUUAAGUAAUUUAUCAGAUCAUAAAGGUAUCAACAAGAACAAAGAAAAGUUAAAAGCUGAUUUAAUUAAUAAAAUAAUGGAAAUAAAGACCAUGAUUAAAGACAUAACUGCUGGUGAUGAUUAUGUUCAGAGUCUUGAAAAUUCUAUAGACACUUCAUUACAUAAUCCUCAUCGUCAGUCUCCUAAGUGUGAUCCCGUUUAUGAACUAUUUAAAAAGCGGAUGGUUAUGCUUUGGCUUUUAGAAAAUUAUGACUAUGCUGUUGACUAUCAAUCUAUGAAGUACAAAAAACACCUUUCGUCGGAAGUACAUUCACUAUCCGAAGAAGUUCAAAGUAGAAAUCUUUUUCCAGGAGGAAAGGAUGAGAUGAUGAACGAUAUAAUGAGCGCGUUUUAUACGGCCACUCCUCCCAAUCAAAAUGCAAUAUUUGAUGAAAUUGAAUAUAUAAAACUUAGAUGUGAAAUUGAAAUAUGGGCAAACGAAUUGCCAUUAAAGGAGGCUUCAAAUUAUAACAAAGUAUUGGAACGUGACCAGAUACUGACUAUAUUGAGUAAAUUGUUGUUCGAUAUAAUAAAAAAAGAAGAAUGUAAUGCAGGCGAACAAAUGCUAUUGGAAAUAAUGAAUUGGACACAAAAAUUGCCGCUAAUAUCGACAGAGAAGAUUAACGUGACCAAAUACUCUGAAUUACUUAUGUGUUUUCUAAAAGCAACUGCAGACUCAAGGAAAUGCCAAAGACAAUCCGAACCAAAAAACCUCACUGUUGUAGAAGAAACUUUGACUAAUUUAAAAUCUGACGAUGCAGUAUUAUCUAAAAGAAAUCUAGGAAAUACAAGUCAAAUCGCUGGACCAAGCAAUCCCAAAUCUUGUGGUGGUGGUGGUGGUGGUUGCGGUGCAUCGUUACAACAACUUGUAUAUCUAAUUAAUAACACUAUAAUUAACUGGUGUGCUCAAUUGCCAUUGCAAUACGGAGUUUGUGAUGAAGCUAAUGUAGUACAAAACACAAAAGAGCUUGUUUCACAAAGAUUAUUCAGGUUUGUAACCGAGUUGAACUAUCGACCGAAUACGUUAAACGAUGCAGGAUUAUAUGAGUACCAUUUGAAUUUAGAGAUAGAACGUAUUCUUACACAGUUGGCAAAUGAUCGGGCCUACUGGGAAGAACAACGUAGUAGAAACGAGAGGAAAUACCAGCUCAUAAACGCGCUUAAAGCAAUAAGACCUUUAGUCCAAGAGCUAAAAGAUCAAGAACUUUAUAAAGAAAAGCUAAAACACACAAUAUCAAGUUUCAAUGAAUCGAUGGCACACACACAGCAUUCAGGGGUACAAUUAAGCGAAAAAACACAAAUGGCUAUUUUAGAUGAUUUCAUACAAUACAAUAAUCACAAAGGAGAUUUUGAAAACCAAGAGCUCCAUAAAUUGAAAAUAAGCGAUGUACUGAAGAAUGAAUUAAACGAAGACGUAGAUCCGUUAUUAACAGCCAAUCGUCUAAUUUGUGAAUUAUCUAAAGUGGGAUUUCCAGCUCAAUCAGCUAAACAGAGAAGAUAUUCGGAACCAAACCCAAUUGGUUUUAACAAUUUGCAUUCAGCUACCGCAUCAAGACGCCAUUCUCUACCCCCGUUACAAAAUUCCUAUCCAAGAUUUGUGAAAUCUCAAAAUUUGAUCCCACAUGAACAGCCUAAUAUGGCAUUCCCAGGACCAUCCUCAUAUCCUCAAAGAUCCUCUUUGUCUACGUCUCUGCCAGUUCCAAUGUGUCAAAGACCGCCUGAUUUUCAACGAAGUCUACCUUUUACAUCAGAAACAUUUCCCCCGGCUCUUCCGCAAGAACUUCCAGUUUUAUACCGGGCUUCUGCCCUUGACAUACGAGCAUUUCCUUUGCCUCCUCCCGAGUUAAAUAUGACACACAACUCACACAUUUAUCAAUCUCCAGUUCAAGGACCCCAAACAGCAUUUCCUUUGCCUCCUCCCGAGUUAAAUAUGACACAUAACUCACACAUUUAUCAAUCUCCAGUUCAAGGACCCCACACAUUUUACAGAGGAACGGAAAAUCAACAAAACUCUGUCAGAGAGUUUGCUGAGCAAUCUUUUAAUGGACAAGCACCAAUUGUUGAACAUCAUGAACGAACACCAAUUGUUGAACACCAAAUGUCACCGGAAAAUAUAGGAGCUAGAGUUAGAACUACAGCAAGGAUCCGCAACGGACCACGCUCUUCGUCACAAUGUCCGGCAGAACGGCAGGGUGUUGCCAGACAAGAAUAUUGUGAAACAUGUGAUAGAGACGAUGAUUGCGCUUACUAUAUGCCGUAUCCUCCGUAUUUCUGA